AUGGCUGGAACACGGAAUUAUGAUUUCCUGAUUAAACUGUUGUUGAUCGGGGACUCGGGCGUGGGCAAAUCAUGUUGUCUGUUGCGAUUCAGCGAAGACUCCUUUACCCCAUCAUUCAUCACUACAAUCGGGAUUGACUUCAAAAUUCGUACGAUCGAGUUGGAUGGCAAGAGGGUGAAGUUGCAAAUCUGGGACACUGCAGGUCAGGAGCGCUUUCGCACUAUCACGACGGCAUACUACCGAGGUGCCAUGGGUAUUCUGCUGGUCUACGACGUGACAGAUGAACGAUCAUUCCAAAACAUUCGGACCUGGUUUUCAAACGUUGAGCAACAUGCUAGUGAAGGUGUACACAAGAUCCUCAUUGGAAAUAAGUGUGACUGGGAAGAAAAAAGGGCAGUCUCUACCGAACAAGGCCAGCAGCUCGCUGAUGAACUCGGUAUUCCCUUCCUCGAGGUUUCGGCUAAGAACAACAUCAACAUUGAGAAGGCAUUCUACAGCCUUGCAUCGGAUAUCAAGAAAGGGAUGGACACUUCCAAGACCGAACAAUCUGGUUCUCAGGGCGUUAAUAUAGACCAGCAAGGUUCCGGCCCAAAUGGCAGCUCUGGGGGCAAGUGUUGUUAG